UUCACUCCAUAAAAGUUCGGUUUUCAGGACGGUUGUCUAAACGAGUUAUUAAAACAGUUUUCAAAAAAAAAAAAGGAUUUUUAAAAUGGAAGGAGCCGCUAAAACAGAUAAUGCCAAUACCAGCGGGCCUGCGGCUCAGCGCCAGCAACGGGGAAAUCAACCAAAUAAAAAUAUCGGGAAGCAUAAUGCCCAAAAGCAAAAUGACUCUUCCGAAGGAGGUCCGGCUGAGAAGAAGGCACGAUUUGGCCCAAACACUCAAAAUGGUGGUGCGGCGAGUGGUGGUGCUGGAGGCGGACCUAAUCAAAAUAAAAACUUUGGAAACAAGGGUGGCUUCGCUGGGAACCGGAAUCGCAACCGCGGAGGAAAUCAGAACCGUUCCAAUUUCCCAGCUAAUAAUAAUUCGGAUGCUGUCAACGUACCUGCAAAGAACAAUGAAUCUGGAAACCAAAACCAACCGAAUCAGAAUGCCAACAAGGGCCAAAAUCAACGCCAAGGGCAGGAUCAGGGCCAGAACAAGGAUCACGGAAAUCAAGGAGGUCAGGGAAAUCAGGGCGGGCAAGGGAAUCAAACUGGCCAAGGAAAUGGACAGGGCUUCCGCGGUCGCGGUGGACCGGGUGGACCCCAGAACCAACAACAACAGCAGCAGCAACAACAACACAACCAGCAGGGGAAUAGUAGAAACCGCGGCCAGCGACCCAGUGGUAUUGGCCCUAAUAAUAAUUCCAAUAUGGGUGGCGGCGGAGGCGGAGGUGCACGUGGCGGAGAAGACUUCUUCAUUUUCCAGCGGCUGCAAAGCAUCGGUGGACCCACCGUCGAACUGGAAUCGAUCGAAUUGCCAACCGAGACCAAGUUCUCUGGCCGAAAUCGCUUGUAUGUGGGCAAUCUUACCGGCGACAUAACCGACGAUGAGCUGCGCGAAAUGUUCAAGCCGUUCGGCGAGAUUAGUGAGAUCUUCUCGAACCUCGAGAAGAACUUCACAUUCCUAAAGGUCGACUAUCAUGUCAAUGCCGAGAAGGCAAAGCGUGCCUUGGACGGUUCGAUGCGAAAGGGUCGCCAACUGCGGGUUCGCUUUGCCCCGAAUGCAACCAUUUUGCGGGUGAGCAAUCUCACACCGUUCGUUUCGAACGAGCUGCUGUACAAGUCCUUCGAGAUCUUCGGACCCAUCGAACGGGCCACCAUUACGGUCGAUGAUCGUGGCAAGCACACUGGUGAAGGCAUAGUGGAGUUUGCCAAAAAGUCCUCGGCUAACGCCUGUCUGCGAAUUUGCAAUGAGAAAUGCUUUUUCCUCACGUCAACGCUGCGUCCGUGCUUCGUGGAUCCCAUGGAGGUGAACGACGACAAUGACGGUCUGCCCGAGAAGAUGCUCAAGAAGAUGCCCGAUUACAAUAAGGAGCGAAGCAUUGGUCCACGCAUCGCCGAUGUCAAUUCGUUUGAGCACGAGUACGGUUCGCGUUGGUUGCAGCUCCACAAUCUGUACAAAAGCAAGCAGGACGCCCUCAAGCGGGAGCUCAAAAUGGAGAAGGACAAGCUGGAGGCCCAGAUGGAGUACGCUCGCUAUGAGCAGGAAACCGAACUUUUGCGUCAAGAGCUGAGAAAGCGCGAAGUGGACAACGAGCGCAAGAAGUUGGAGUGGGAGCUGCGCGAGAAGCAGGCGGAGGAGAUACGCAAACGCGAGGAGGAGACAAUGCGCCGUCAUCAGGGCGAGAUGCGGAACCAGGACGAGGACAUGCGCCGUCGCCAGCAGGAGAACUCGCUGUUCAUGCAGGCGCAGCAACUGAAUUCGCUGCUGGAUCAGCAGGAGGGCUUUGGCAGCGGCAACAACUCGAAUUUCGACAACUUCGGGGGAAAUUCGAAUUCACCAUUUGAAAUUUUCAGAGGCAAUAAUAAUAGCAACAACAAUUCCACACAAUUUGCAGACUCCUUCGCUUUUGAAUUUGGGGUUAACAAUAUGAACCAAGGCGGAAAUCAGCGUGGAAAUAAUGGAGGAGGAAAUAAUGUCCCAUGGGGACGCCGACGUUUUUAGACACUGGAACUUAUGAGGAUGACAUAACGUGCUCUAUGCUCGCACUCAUUGAAUACGUUUCACAUUUGACUUUGCUCGUUAACGAGUGAAUGAAAUGAACUAGGAUAAAUGGAUCGAUCGUCUUAUCAAAUGCACCCCAAAUAUGAUUUGAAUGAAUAUUUUAGCAAAUAUUAUCAAUCGUCAAUCGGUCCAAAUAGAGAGUCGUCAACCAUGAUUAAUGACACGCAAUGGAUCAACCUUAAUCUAAAUCUUAAAAUGCUUUCAUAAACUAAGUGCACUAUUGCAAAACAACAAGAAUUCUUUACGUUUACGUACAUCUAUUUAAUCAUAACGAUAAACUUAGAUAUAUGUACUCUAUGUGGUGACAUCUUUCUCCAUUUAUACGAUUUUUUUUCGUCUGUCAUUCAAUUCAAAUAUAUAAAGAUAUAUAACUAAUCCACAAAUUGAAUUUAAAGAAAUUAUUAAUCGAAAAACACAUCAAAAUAUGGUGAGUAUUCCGGAUGAGCGCAUGGACCCCGAGCUCAAUCUUUUCUGGACCUUUGAAGCGAAACAAAUGGAACUUGUGUUUUUCAAAACCGAUAAAAAUGUUUAUUUCCUAUAACUAAACAUUUAGAGUUUACAAUUUAAAAGCAAUAAUUACGCAAUAUGAUUUUUAAAUAUAAAUAUAUGUAAACAAUUUCUAAAUUUAAAGUUAUUUACAUCGAAACUGGGACAUUAGCAAUUUGAAAUAUUCGAAGCAAAUUUUGGAGUAUUUUUUUUAUUUGUUUUUUUUUUUUUUUUUUUCAUUCAUUCACAUAAAAUAAAUUUCUUCAAAUGGUUAGCUGGGUUUAUAACAGGGGACUCCUUUUCAUUUGUUUUCGAAAAUGUUAGGAAAUUAUUUAUUUAAAACGAUAGAAAUGUACUGUUGUUUUUAUCUUUUCAAAACCAACCUUCUAAACUGAUUUUAUCUUGAAUAACUUCGGCAUGUGAAUGCAGUUUUCGGGUUAGAAAACUAACUCUUGUGUGUCGCUUAUUAGUAUAAUUUUUCUUUUCAUUUAAGGCUGAAUCUUUGGUAAAUUAGUAAAUACCAAUUCACCAUGUUUACUAUUAACAAACAAAUUUGUAAAACCAAACGAACCAAUUUGAAUGAAUUAAUGUAUAAAACAAUUAAAGUAGCAAAAUAUUUAAAUAAAAACAUUGUGGCGGGAAUUCUUA